UUAAAGACAAACACCCCCAAAAGCUCUUAAACUUUUCAAAACAACCAACCUUCCACCUGCAAUUUUCGAACUCUAAACACUCACCCAGCUCACAGCCCCUCAAGUUCCUUCCUUUUUUUACCAUUUCGAGUAAAAUCAACACAGCAGCAGAUUUGGGCCUUCAGAUUGUGGCACGACGGAGCUCCAACGAUGGCUCCACGAGCACGAGGCAGAAAGAAGGAUACUCGAAUGGAUGCAGCCAUUGAUGCGACGCGUGAAAUGGGUUUUGACGAGAAACUUGUUCGUGCUACGGUGAAUGACCUACUGAAGGUUUAUAAGGGAGAUAAUAGGACAGAGAAUCCAUGGCGAUUUAUCGAAGAGGGUUCUUAUACGCUAUUGGUUGAGCAACUUCUUGAGAAAGUAGAAGCCCAUGAGGCUGCUGAAAAAAGGGAUGCUGCCUCACAAGACAAUAAUGCACCACAAGACGAUGCCGCUAUGCAAGAAGACACUGGUAUGCAAGAAGGCGCUGGUAUGCAAGAAGAUGUUGCUAUGCAAGAUGAUGCUGCUCCGCUAGAAGAUGUUGCUUUACUAGAAGAUGCUUCUCCGCUAGACGAUGCUGCACCACUAGACGAUGCAUUAGCUUCUGUGCCCUCAAACACUGCCAUUCUAUCUACUUGCGAUAAUGCUCCACAAGAUGCUGGAUCAGUGGCCGGAACUGCAAGGACUGCCAUUUUAUCUACCUGCUCAGAGGCUGUCAACAUCACAUUGCUGACUGAGGAUCCUUGUGACUCUGCAUCACAUACUAAUGGACCUAUCCCGGCAUCAAUGAUUAAAAUGCCAGAUGCCAAGGAUGGUCUCCGAGUAGACAGUCUCCCUCCCCGGAGGUCUAGACCUUACUACGGCUGGGUCUGUAGCAGUGACGAGGAAUAUCCUGUGGAAGUGGCAUCGUCUCCAUUGUCAGAGUUGGUUAAAUUGCUUAUUAGGCCAGAUAAGAAGAAAAAGCGGAAGUCGAGGUGGGACAUGGGACCUGAAGAUAUGUGAAGCUCUUGCCAAUCAUGUCACGCUUGUAAUAUGUAGAAAUAGGAGUGUUGUAUAGAAAACCACAGGUUUCGAACCUUUCGGCGACAAACUGAUAGUAUGAUCAUUCAAAUCUGUUUUAUGGCGGUCGUACGUAUCUUGUCGAAGUUUUGUGCAAACCAGUGCAACUACAGAGGAGAAAUGUACAUUUUGGAAGCCAUUGGAACCCAAUUUUUGUGUUUAGAAGAUGGUGAAAGCUUGUGGGUGGCUUUAGUUCGUUGGUUCUUUAAUGCGAGUAAUCUAAUCUGACAGGUGAUUUUUCAUCUUAAAAGUCAGCCUUUUUGCUUUA